AUGCCCCCCUGCCCACACCCUCAUGUUGAUACUCCCUAUUACGCCCUCAUGCCCCGAUACGCCCCCAUGCACGCCUUCCCUCACCCUCAUGCCCUGAGACGCCCUCAUGCCCUCAACCUCAUGCCCUCCUGCCCACACCCUCAUGCCCACGCCUUCAUACCCUCAACCUCAUGCCCUCCUGCCCACACCCUCAUGCCCUCCUGCCCACGCCUUCAUGCCCUGAAUACUAAGAGACUCUCACAGAACCUUCUCAACCCCUCACAGACUCUCACAGAACCUUCUCAACCCCUCACAGACUCUCACAGAACCUUCUCAACCCCUCACAGACUCUCACAGAACCUUCUCAACCCCCAACAGGCCCUCACAGAAUCUUCUCAACCCCUCACAGACUCUCACAGAACCUUCUCAACCCCUCACAGACUCUCACAGUACCUUCUCAACCCCUCACAGACUCUCACAGAACCUUCUCAACCCCCAACAGGCCCUCACAGAAUCUUCUCAACCCCUCACAGACUCUCACAGAACUUUCUCAACCCCCAACAGGCCCUCACAGAACCUUCUCAACCCCUCACAGACCCUCCCAGACCUCCACCUCCCCUGGCAGGACUUGUCGCCGUGUUUGAUAUUCUCGCCAGUGCUCAUCAUUGA